AUGGCAAAUGCAGACAGUGAGGUCAAAACUUUACUAAAUUUUGUAAAUUUGGCAUCCAGCGACAUCAAGGCGGCCCUAGAUAAGUCCGCUCCGUGCAGGCGCUCCGUGGAUCACCGGAAAUAUCUCCAGAAACAACUGAAGCGCUUCUCUCAAAAAUACUCCAGAGUCCCAAGAUGCCACACACACAGGUCUGCGGAGUAUAGGUGCGCCAAACCGAUGGGGACUGUCCAUCAGAGUGUGGCAGAAAAGGCCAGCUCUGGUGCGCAGGAUGUGGAUCACCUGGGGAGCUCUGUGGAGCAGGUGCCUAUGAGGAAACGCCAGCUACCGGCCUCAUUUUGGGAGGAACCUAAGUUGACCCCAACCAAGAGGGAGCACUCAUAUUUAGGAAUGAAAAGGAGCCAUGCAGGCACAUCGGAGGGAACUGAGACUGAAAAGAGGAAACGAAGUUAUGAUGAUGAUGCAAAGGCCGCAAUAUCUGCGUGCAGCCGGCGCAGCUCGGCGGAUAAAGAGACGCUGAAACUGGACGUGACCUCUCACCACUGCGUGAGUGUGUGCGGCUGUUGCCCUUUCCAGUACCACGGACACCAGAUCCUUCACAAUCACAUUUUUGUCCCUCAUCCGCCCCUGGGAUUGUGGAGCAAAGCAGCAGGGACUGAGACGGAGAGAUCCGAGCAUCCUUAUGGACAGAAAAUUCACACGCACGUUGUUGUCAAACCCAUACCGACCAAGCCCACCGCUCAGUCACCAAUCUUCAGUGUAUUUGGAUUCAUUUAA